GCUUUACUGGCUUCUGAUUGCAAUUAUUGUUUAAUCCUUAACUAUCAACUCGUAGCAAACUUACUGUGAUUGCAUUUUGCACGUCACCCAACAAGGACUUGCCCAAAAGGUUGAGAUUGAAUAGCUUACGCCAUGGAAUCGUCAAAAUCAUCGGGGGAUCUGGAAGAACCCACGUACCGGGUGUACAAGAGACGAUGGUUUGUUUUAGCCACAGUGGCCAUGCUGAAUGUGUCACUCAACAUACUCUGGAUAAGUUUCUCAUCGGUGGCCUCAAGUGUGGCGUACUAUUACGAAGUGUCUCCAUCGGCUGUGGAUCUAUUUUCUUCGGUAGGUUUCUUGGUGGGUUUGCCAGUGUGUCUCGUUUCCACAUGGAUGGUGGAUAAAUUUGGUUUGAGGUUUACAGUGACCUUGGCCAAUGUGCUCACUUUCAGUGGAGGCCUCAUUCGGUGUGUUUCGACCUUUCCUGGUUUGGAAGACUCGUUCAACAAAACUGUACAAUACUGGUGCGCAGUUGUUGCCCAAAUUCUCGUGGGGAUGGCUAAUCCGAUGGGAUUUUGUUUACCAACAAAGGUAGCACAAGAUUGGUUUCCACCCCAUGAGGCACCCAUUGCAAGCGGAAUUAUCACCCUUUCUUUCGUCUUGGGUGUGACUAUGGGUAAUGCUGUCACGCCAUUCAUUAUCACUAAAAAAGAACAUGUUCCAUACUUGAACCUCAUGUGGUUCAUUCCAUCCAUCAUCACCCUAAUCUUGGGCUUGUUUUCCGUCGAUCGAUCCAAGCCUCCUUCUCCACCAAGUAAAAGUUCGGCAGCCGCAAAUGGUGUUCACAUUUCAUACUCCAAAAGAUUGAAGUUACUACUGACCAAUAAAAACUUCAUUAUUCUGGCCAUUUCUGUCGGUGGCUCCGUUGGUUUUUUCAAUGCUUUCAUUUCUCAAAUCCAACAAGUUAUGUGUGCUCGGGGCUACGAGGUUUGGUUUUCUGGUCUAUGCGGAGCUUUGGUGCUGAUUUCAGGGAUCAUUGGGGGUGGAUUCUCUUCCUUUAUUGCUAGUAAAACCGGAAAACUUGAAGAGACGGCCAAAAUCACCCUAAGCAUAGGGACGGUACUCAUGAUCCUUAUUUUGGAAUUGCUCCGGAAAUCAGGAUUGGAUUGGGGAAUUGCAAUCUCUUUAGUAGUAGGGGGCUUCAUUGCUUUUGGCAUUUUACCCUUGGGAAUGGAACUCAGCGAGGAGAACACAUAUCCCUUGGAGUCUUCGACCGGAAUCACAAUCAUCAAUUUGUCAGCAGCAUUACAAGGCUUCAUUUUGAUAGGGGCAUCGGGGGCAUUGGACACUGAUUUAGUAUCAAGUGACCAAGCAAUUGAGACUUGUACUUCGAUUGACAUUGAUCCUGAGGGUGAUAAUGUCGUCAAAGCAAAAGACAAGACUCACUUCUUGAUGCUAAUGAUGUGUCACACUUGUCUUGUUUGCGUUGUAUUUGUCAUUGGUCUCAAAUCCAAGUUCAAGAGACGUGAUGCCGAGCGUUUGGAAAUUCCAGAGACUCGGAAGUCGUUCGCAGCCCAAAGCCUGACGGAGUAAAUCAACCCUGGUUAUGUACAAAUACCUUUUAGAAGAGGUACAUUAAAUCCGGUCUAUUGAAAACCUG